CAUCUCCAUCUCCAUCUCCCCAAUCUCUCUCCCACCAUCUUCAAUGGCGACGAGGACUCUCGAAGUCACUCUGAUCUCCGCCCACGACCUCAAGAACGUCAAUCGCUUCUCAAAGAUGGAGAUCUACGCUCAGACCUGGCUCUCCUCCGACCCCUGCCACCCCAAUCGAACCUUCACUGACCGCGAUGGCGGCCGGAACCCUACCUGGAACCGCUCCUUCCGUUUCUCCGUCCCCUCCGGCCCCGAACCUGGUCGCGCCGCCCUCCACGUCACUCUCCGCGCUCAUCGCGCCGCCAGCUUCGAUCGCAUCGCCGGCGAGGUUCGCAUCCCUCUUCGCGAUCUCUUCAUCGGCGUUGACGACGGGCCGGGACCGGUGAACGUUGCCAGCUUUCAGGUACGCCGCCCGGGUUUUGUUAAGCCGAAAGGCGUUCUUCUUCUCUCUUAUCGGCUCGGUGCUGUGAUCGCCGCCGCCACGCCGGCUCCGGCUCCAGCUUCUAGUGAAUCAUUGUGUGAUCCCGGUAGUUGGCCUCCGGCUUUCCGGAAGAUCCGACGGCCCGUGGCGGCGGCUGCGGCUUGAUGGGCUGAAUCGGCUCGGCGGUGGUUGCCGGAAUGUUGUAGAAGUGAUGGUAGUUUUGACUGUUUGUUUUUGUAUACAAAAUAAUCAAGUGUUUUUUUUGUUUAUUAAAAAUAAAAUUAAAA